AUGGCUUCAAAAGAAGACAUUACAAGUGAUGAUACAACAAUUGAAGAUCCUACUAUUUUUCAGUAUCAAAAAAAUAAGGAAGUUAUAACCAAUAGCGAAAAACGAGAGGAAGUUUCCGAAGAAACCCUCAUUACAUCUCUUAAAAUUGGAAUGAAAUUUCAUGAAGCAACAAACGAUAGUGAAAUAAAAGAAGUUGUUAAGAAAUUUGUUCCAAAUUGUGUUACAUUAUUUCCAUCAUUAAGAACAUCAGAGGAUGAAUUUGAGAGAUGUAGAGUUUUGUUUAUAACGAGAAUAGAUCAAGUCUACGAAAAUAAAUACACGUUAGUUGUUGUUUAUGCUUUUAACUUAGGCAUUUUAUUAAAUAGAUUUUUUAAUUUGUCGUGUGUUAGAAAAGAGAAUUGGGAAGAAAAUUAUCAUCGUCAUAUAUUAGCAAUUCAGAAAUGGACGUCUAAAUUAAAAAUUGUGUUGUCUCCAGAAUUUAUUCAAUUCUUAAAUUAUAUCAUUCAGUCAGACACGUCGAGAGAAUUUGACUUUGUUAACGAGUUUAAGAAAGUAAAAACGUAUUUUAUAUGGAAUGAAUCAACAAAGAAUAAAUGGUUUAUUAACCUUUGCUUGACUUUUCAUUAA